AGCGCUUUCUGAUAAGUGUUACCCUGACUCAGAAGUAUCAAGUGUUGUUGCUCUUGGCUCGAGCGAUGGUAAUGGAACCGCUUCUGAUCUGACUCAGAAGUAUCAAGUGCUGUUCUUGGAUUUCACUAUUGCGAUUAGCUUGAAAAGUUCUCUUAUUUGA